CACCUGAUCGGCGGCGGCAGUGGUGGCCAAGGCAGUGGAGGCCGAGGCUAUGAUGGCGGCGACAGCGGCGGCUCGGCUGCGGGUGGGGAUGCGGCGGGUUGCAGUCCUCUGGCAGAUGCGGUGGCUGCCGCUGUUGCUGGUGGCGUUGGCGGCGGCGGCGGAGCAGCAGGUGCCGCUGGUGCUGUGGUCUAGUGACCGAGGCUUGUGGGCUCCUGCUGCCGACACCCACGAGGGCCAUAUCACCAGCGACAUGCAGCUCUCUACCUACUUAGACCCCGCCCUGGAGCUGGGCCCCCGAAAUGUGCUGCUCUUCCUGCAGGACAAGCUGAGCAUUGAGGACUUCACGGCGCACGGUGGCGUGUUUGGGAAUAAGCAGGACAGUGCCUUUUCUAACCUGGAGAAUGCCCUGGACCUGGCCCCCUCUUCUCUGGUGCUUCCUGCUGUCGACUGGUAUGCGGUCAGUACUCUGACCACUUAUCUGCAGGAGAAGCUUGGAGCCAGCCCCCUGCAUGUGGACUUGGCCACCCUGCGGGAGCUGAAGCUCAAUGCCAGCCUCCCGGCCUUGUUGCUCAUCCGCCUGCCCUACACAGCCAGCUCAGGUCUGAUGGCGCCGAGGGAGGUCCUCACAGGCAAUGAUGAGGUCAUUGGGCAGGUACUGAGCAUGCUCAAGUCCGAAGAUGUCCCAUACACAGCAGCCCUCACAGCACUCCGCCCUUCCAGGGUGGCCCGCGAUGUAGCCAUGGUGGCUGGUGGGCUAGGUCGCCAGCUGUUGCAAAAACAGCCAGCAUCGUCUGUGAUCCAUCCUCCUGUGAGUUACAAUGACACCGCCCCCCGGAUCCUGUUCUGGGCCCAAAACUUCUCGGUGGCAUACGGGGACCACUGGGAGGACCUGACCUCCCUCACGUUUGGGGUCCAGGAGCUCAACCUGACCGGCUCCUUCUGGAAUGAUUCCGUUGCCAAGCUCUCGCUGACCUACGAACACCUCUUUGGUACCACAGUGACAUUCAAGUUUAUUCUGGCUAACCGCUUCUACUCGGUGUCCGCCCGGCACUGGUUUACCAUGGAGCACCUUGAGAUCCACAGCAACGGCUCCAUUGUCUCCUUCAAUGCCUCCCGGGUCACGGGGCCCAGCAUCUACUCCUUCCACUGCGAGUAUGUCAGCACUUGGAGCAAGAACGGCAAUAUCCUUGUGCCCCGCAUGCAGCCCUCUCUCUGGCAAAUCACGCUUCAGGACUUCCAGAUCCAGGCCUUCAGUGUGACAGGUGAGCAGUUCUCCUACGCCAGUGACUGUGCCGGCUUCUUCUCUCCUGGCAUCUGGAUGGGGCUGCUCACCUCCCUUUUCAUGCUCUUCAUCUUCACCUAUGGCCUGCACAUGAUCCUCAGCCUCAAGACCAUGGACCGCUUUGAUGACCACAAGGGCCCCACCAUCUCUUUGACCCAGAUUGUGUGACCCUGUGCCCAUGGGGGGUUGAGGGCAUGAUGUGUCCAGGUUGUUGCUUUCCCACCCUGAGGCAUGCUGGACUGAAGGGCUUCCCCUCUUCCUACCAUAGUGUGAACCCACAGCUCCCCUCAGUCUGUCUUGCUCCCUGUUCAACUGAGGGGCUUUCCUGGGGCUGCCCACCCUCCAUCUCUACCAAGAAGAUGUAUAUAUUCUGCAUUGCUAGUAGAAAAAUCUCCCAGGUUUGGGCAUUGUGAGGGGAGGGGACCUGAGUUCUAGGGCCCCUCCUCCUCCCCCUUUCUCCUUAUUUAUUCUCAUCUCUCUGCCUUCACCCCUUGCUGUUUAUAGUGCUUUUGUGGCCAGUGCUCCCUCCCCAGGCUUUAUGGGGCUCCCUGCAGCGGCCAGGAGCUGGAGGUUCCCUAAGUUUGGGGGUGCUGAAGUACUAUUUAGCUGUCUGUCCCACUUGGCUGGUGUUAUUGUUUUUUGGUGAUGUUGUGCUAACAAUAAACAGUACACUGGGGUUUAUUUCUGUGGCCUGAUAAGGAAGGGUCCUCCACGGCAGGUGGGCUGGGUAUGAUCACUGGGUUUCUGGCAUGUUGCGGCCAGGAGUGCCUGGCAGGAGCCUGGGGUACUCGGUGGUUUCCUUCCUAAUAAAAUAAAGACGGGUCGCCAUGC